AGAACUGUCCAAUGAAUGAAAUGGGCGGGGCCAGAGACAGUCAGGCUGGGGAGGAAAGCGCUAGAUGAUGUUAGACUCCAGGAGAGGAGCCGAUACACCUGUGCAAGACUGAAGGGGAGGAGCCGGUACACCUGUGCAAGACUGAAGGAGGAGCCAGUACACCUGUGCAAGACUGAGGGAGGAGCCAAUACACCUGCGCAAUGCUGAAGGGGAGGAGCCGGUACACCUGCGCAAGGCUGAAGGGGAGGAGCCGAUACACCAGUGCAAGACUGAAGGGGAGGAGCCGCUACACCUGUGCAAGACUGGAGGGGAGGAGCCGGUACAACUAUGCAAGACUGGAGGGGAGGAGCCGUUACACCUGUGCAAGGCUGAAGGGGAGGAGCCAGUACACCUGCACAAGGCUGAAGGGGAGGAGCCGAUACACCUGCGCAAGACUGAAAAGGAGGAGCCGCUACCCCUGCGCAAGACUGAAGGGGAGGAGCCGGUACACCUGUGCAAGACCAAAGGGGAGGAGCCGGUACACCUGUGCAAGACCGGAGGGAAGGCCGGAGUUCAGCUUU